AUGUCCCUCGUCCGUCGUCUUGUUAGCUCUUCCCGCUCCGUGCAGACGUGGCAUUUGCCCAUAAACAGUUGCUCUUCCUACGAGCAACAGAAACCUACGCAAACACUGUCUCUACGAGCUUUCCACGCAUCUCCACAACGUGAAAAUACAGCGCUGAUCGCUGGCUUAGGUGUUGCUGGUGCCGCAUUGAGUGCCAAGUACGCGCUACAGGUCUGGAAUGCGUACAAGAGCCGACCAAAGAGCGAACAGAUAAGCUCAUGGAAGUAUCGUAAUUUCUACGAUGGUCCGUUUGAGGAAAAAAUGACGAGACGCGAGGCUGCACUCAUUUUGGGCGUGCGUGAAAGCGCUUCAGAGGAGAGAAUUCGCAAUGCACACCGAAAACUACUGAUUCUGAAUCAUCCUGAUACGGGUGGCUCAACAUUUUUAGCAACAAAGAUUAACCAAGCUAAGGAAUUGUUGCUUAAUGGGGGCAAGUAA